AUGGCACUUAUAACACAGCAGCGCGGUAGCCUGGGGCGAUGGUGGAGUCUGAUAUGCAUAGGCCUGUUCCUGCUACUAAGAGAAGCACGAGGAGAAGUCAACAACGAGACCAGUCCUACCCAUAUCUUCAAAUCACGACCCGACCUCCACGCCCCCAUGAUCGACAUCCUCCUCCUCCAACCCGACCUCGUCGAACCCGGCUACAUCUUCAUCGCCCCCUACCGCAACCUCGACCCGGGCCCUUACAUCUACGACAACCAGGGCGAACUCGUAUGGUCUGGCGCCGGCUGGAGCGGGCCUAGAGUUGCCCACACCCCGCGCGUCUGCCAGUACCAUGGGGAAGACCAUCUGUGCUUCUUCACCGGGGAGCAGCAUCAAGGGUUCUCGCGCGGACAUGGCGUGAUUAUGGACAAGCACUACAGAACUGUACGGACGAUCGAAGCGCACGGCGCGGGAGCGACUAGCGACAUGCACGAGUUCAAGAUGGCGCCGUACGCGGAUGGGAAGAGCGUGUUGAUGACGGUGUACCAGCCGCGACAGUACGAUUUGACGACGAACCCGCGGUUCAACGUGAAAGACGGGAUGGGCUGGAUCGUGGAGGGCGUGUUUCAGGAGAUUGAGAUUGAUACGAAUAAGUUGCUGUUUGAAUGGCGGUCGUUGGAUCAUGUGGACCCGGGGGAUGCGUGGACGACGCCGCAUUCGACGGAUACGAGUGGGAAUGGGUGGCAGGAGUGGCAUCCGUGGGAUUACUUCCACUUGAACUCGAUUGACAAGAAUAAGGAGGGUGACUAUUUGAUAUCGGCACGGCAUUGUAGUGCCAUCUACAAGCUCUCUGGCAAGGACGGCUCGAUCAUCUGGACAUUGGGAGGCGUGAAGUCGGAUUUUGAGACGACAAACUUCAACUUCGCCUACCAACACCACGCGCGCUGGCUCUCGGAGACAGCAGAGAAGACCGUCAUCUCCAUGUUCAACAACGGCUUCAAUGGUUACAACGAAACCACCGACCUCUCCCACGGCUUCAUCAUCGAAAUCGACCACGUCACGAAGAAAGCGACCAUGACCCGCAAAUGGGGUGCUCCAGACAUCGUAGGCGGCGGUCUACGCUCCGCAUCCCAAGGCUCCAUGCAACUACUCCCGGGUGGUAAUGUGCACAUCGGCUGGGGCGACCACGCGCGCUACUCCGAACAUACUUGGGACGGCACACCAGCCAUGUACGCUCGGCUGGCCAAAGACCCGUCCGGCGUGCCCAGCUACCGCUCGAACAAGUACAACUGGACUGCGCAGCCCCUGACCAAACCCGCUUUGUGGACUUACAGCAAAGAAGGUGCCGCUACCAACGACCAGAAAAUGGCCUUCUGGGCUUCAUGGAACGGCGCAACCGAAGUCGCGAGCUGGAACUUCUUCACCGCCGACUCCGCGACUGGACCCUGGAACUUCGUCGCGAGCGAGGAGAAGCGCGGGUUCGAAACUGUGCACCAUAGUCGCAGUUUCAGCCAGUGGGCUUACGCGCAGGCACUGGAUAAAAGCGGGAAGGUGUUGGAGGACAGCGUGAUUUCGCGCACGUUUGUGCCAAGCGAGAAGUUGCGGCCGUUCUGUGGGGAUGAAGGGUGUAGGCAGGCGGAGCCCAUUAAGCUGGAGGACGAGGACUUUACGCCGUAUGAGAUGCCGAAUGAGGUUGGGCAGGAGACGUUGAGUACGGGGAGGGGGUUUGAUACUACGGGGUAUUAUCAUGGGUUUGACGGGGGUGGGCAUGAGGCGGACAGACCGGAUGGCGAGGAGGAUGGUGGGAAUGCUUCGAUCGAGCCAUCGACACCAGACGUACUCCCGAGCGGUGGCAACAGGAACGAAUACCAUUUCUCCGCUCCUGGACCUAUGCUCGACGGCAACCCGAAAGGAGGCAUCGGCAGCUCGAAUAUUGUCGUGCUGCUGAUUGGAGUGGUGACGGGGUUUUUUGCCUCGUUCUGCUUCAAUUUCGUACGCGGUAGGGGGUAUAGGAGGGUGCAGACGUAUGAGCCUUGA